GAAUCGUCUUCUCGCCUCUCGCCGUCCUAGCCGGUGGAAUAUCUUCAGAGUCAAAGACAAAUUCGUUGUUUAGUUGUCUUACAAUGUUUUCAUAUUUUAUUUGUAUUAAAAAACACGGCUUUGUUAGUGCUGAAGCAGGUGAACGACAUUAUUUGGCGUGAAUUUGGUUCGCAGAUUGAUUUUGAUUUGUGUGAUGUCUUGAAGAGCCUGGACAACUGUCAUUAUGUCCGACGAAGAAGAUACAACGAUUUUACUAAGUGGAAGAAAAGAGGGAAGGGAAAAGUCUGUGACUGUUACACCUCCGCCGGUAAUAAUAAAAAGCAAUAAUAAUGCAGUCACAGACAAAUCUCAGAGCCAUGCCAUCCUUGCUUCGUCAGUGGCGAUGCUGGGAGGCUUGGCGUUUGGUUAUGACAUAGGAUCAAAUGACAGUAUUCUUCACGAGAUGGAACUUUCAUUUAGACUGACAUGCCUUCAGCAGCAUAUGACAUUCAAUAUGUGGCUCGUAGGAGCCGCAAUGGCAUCUGUUUUCGGCGGUGUACCCGUUGACAGACUUGGUCGGCGUUGGAGCACCGUAUGUGCAAACAUAAUGCUGAGUGUUGGAUCAGCUGUCUCUAUACUGUCAUCUUCAUAUGCAAUGUUGUUAUGUGGGCGCCUGGUCGCAGGUUUUGGUGGAGCGCUGUCAGCAGUUGCUCUGCAUGUUUAUUUAGCAGAAUUGGCAACUCCUGUGUCCCGGGGGAAGCUUGUACAGGCCUUCCAUCUGGGGGCAGCAGCCGGCAUAGUCCUGGCUGGCAGUGUCGCAGGUGGUGGUGUGCACUGGCUGGCAGCAGCGAGCUUAGGUAUUCUUCCACCACUCGUUGCUGCAGCACUGGCCGUUCGUCUGCCUCCGUCUCCACACUUCACCAUUUUGCGGCAUGUUGCCGGAGACCCCAGCACUAGAGGGUCAAGUAGUUCAGUAGCAGCAGCUGGCAGCCUGCUUGAGACACUAGCUUUGGCGUUGGUGUUGGUGUCUGUGGUGCAGUUUUCCGGACACUCCUCGGUGGCAUUGUACACUCGUCGUCUUUUUGCCCUGCUUGGUGUCUGCAGUGAAAGUGCAGGAGUUGUCACCGAUAUUACCAUAGGCAUUGUGAAGGUAUGCUUCACUGGCAUGUCAGUGUGCUUGGUGGAUAGAAUUGGACGACGUCCUGCUCUGCUAGUGGCUACAACAUGUGCAAUGUUAUCAGUUGCUCUGCUUGGUGCUUUCUCAGCAUAUGGUGGCUCAUCAACAAGCUGGACAAAUCCAUGCAAUGCAGUCCCUUCCAUUUCCUCUCAACCUCAACUCAUUCAGUACAGUGUCGGUGAAGUUGUGGCUCCAGACUUACCGACAGGUUCACCACCACCCUUCCCAAUGCUGCCGACACCAGUGCCUCUCAUUGCAGAACCAGCACCACGCUGCAUGCAACAUGAAGCCCAGCCACCUGCAGCUGCUCAUGUGCUGGCAAUCUUAUCAGCACUAUGCUACCAGGCAGCAUAUGCUUUUGGACUGGGACCUGUGACAUGGCUGUUACUGGCAGAACUCUUUCCGGCCACCACCAAGGGACGCGCUUUAGCACUCACAGCUGGAGUUUACUGGUUGGAUGACUUCAUUGUUCGCUCAACAUUUUCCAGUAUGGUUGAGUCCCUCUCAGUGGCUGGAACAUUUCUACUCAAUAGUGUAGUGUGCAUGAUGGGAAUUUUACUGAUAUUUUUGUUUGUACCAGAAACUAAAGGCAAAUCUUUACAUCAGAUUGCACAAGAACUGAAGAAUGUGUCCCCCAAAACACGAAUGUACCAAAAUCUCCAUGGCCUGCCAUGCUUAAGUAAUAAUGAGUGGCUUCUGCACAAAUCAAGACAGUAUCGUCAAGUUUCUCAUUCCGGAAUGGAGAGCACAAAGUGCCACGGGCCGCAGAAGGCGGUCCGGACGGGCGAUGUGAGCUGCUGCUGGCAUAUGCCGGUGCGUGGCACUCGCACUCUGUGAGCCAGCAGGUUGUGCACGCGAGCCGCCUUUUUGUGCCGGACCGCGGUGGCAGGAGCGCGUGAGUUCCAGGUAGGCGGCGGGGUGACGAACACUGGGCACGCGGCGUGGUGGCUGAGGCUGCGGCCGCAGCUGGCAGCUACAAGGCUGCUUCAGCGCUCGCUAUCAUCUGUCACCAGAGCGAAAGGAGUCGACGGGAGACCCGGGGCGCUCAACGCAAACAAUAAAUCGAGUUCAGAAACUU